ACAGGGACACAGUUCAAGGGGUCUCUGAGGGCACAGAAGCCACGCUUAAAAGCAAAACCAAAAUUUCUCAGUAGGCUGGGCUUCAGUCAGUUCCUCAGAGCCAGUUUUGAUUUGAAUUUCCCUCAUGUUACAAGGAAGCCUGAGCUGGAUGGAGAUGACAUGUUUUCUUCCCUUGCUUCAAGAGCGGUGCCAAGUUCUGAUGUGUCAAUUGGUGGAGAUUUUCUCCUGCCUUGAACUGGUGUGGCAGACGAUGGUGAAGCCACCACGGUUGGAUCGGGUACAGAACAUGUUCCUCCUCCUGCUAAUUUUGAGCCUGGGAGUGCAGCUUCACCAGACAUCAGCUCUAUUCACAGUGACGGUCCCUAAGGAACUGUACACAGUAGACUCUGGCAGCAAUGUGACCCUGGAAUGUCACUUUGACACUGGAGAUCCUGUGGAACUCAGAGACUUAAAGGCCAGUUUGCAGAAGAUGGAAAACAAUACAUCCUUGCACAGUGAGAGAGCCACCUUGCUGGGGGAGCAGCUGCCCCUGGGGAAGGCCUUAUUCCACAUCCCUCACGUCCAAGUGGCGGAUGCAGGGCAGUAUCGUUGCCUCAUCCUCUAUGGAGUCGCCUGGGACUACAAAUAUCUGACUCUGAAAGUCAAAGCUUCCUACAAGAAAAUAAACACUCAUUUCCUCAGGAUCCCAGGGCUGGACGAGGUAGAGUUCACGUGCCAGGCCGAAGGCUAUCCCCUGGCAGAGGUGUUCUGGCCAAACGUCAGCGCCCCUGCCAACACCAGCCACACCAAGACCUCCCAAGGCCUCUACCAGGUCACUAGCGUCCUGCGCCUCAAGGCACACCUGCGCGGGAACGUCAGCUGUGUGUUCUGGAAUGCUAACGUGAAGGAACGUACUUCAGCCGUCAUUGACCCUCAUGGUGGCAAUGAACCUGAUACCUCUUCAAACUGGCUGCUUCAUGUUGUCAUCCUUUCCAUCAUCAUUGUUUUGAUAUUCAUAACUACAAUGAUAGCCCUAAGAAAACAGUUCUUCCAAAAGCUUUGUUUUAAAAAAAACACAACAAAAAACUCUAUCACCACCGUAAGGAGGGAAGUGGACGGAGCUAUUUGAACCUGUGGUUUCAGGAGCUGGGGUGACCUGAUGGGACAUCCUCAAGAAGCUUCUGGACUCUGAACAAGAAUCUGUGGCCUGCAGAGCUGCUUGUUUGUACUUUUCCAAUGUGUAGAUCCAGUGUUCACCUGGAGACUGCAAAAAGAUGAGGCAGCUCCUGGCCUCCUGUGCUCAGAGGAAGCCAGGCAGCCUGCCGCUCACAGAUCCAGGCUCUCCCCUCUGCAGACUGUGACGCUAAGCAAGCACUACAGCACUUUAGAAAAUGAUCACGCUGGAUGCUAGAUGCCAAUGAGUGUUCUGAGGCUCCUUCUUGCUGCCAGACUGAGCACUAAGGGAAUUUUGCCCCUCGCACUUCCAAAGUGAUUUCCAGAAGCAGAGAUGAUUUCCAGUUACAGAAAUGGACCAAUUUCCAGUAGAUUAUUUUUAUCUACAGUUUUGUCUGGAUACCAGAAAAGCUUAUUGAGACCAUGAACUCGCAGAGCUUUAAACAAAGUCGAGGCAUAAUUGGCAUGUCAUAUGGCUUAGUGGAAUCUUGAAAGCCUCUGAGUUGUUUGAAUUAACAGAAAGCAUUUAAUUACAUAGUGCGCGACUACAAAUUGUAGAGAAAGGCCGUUGAGUAUUUUUGUGAGAUCUAAAUCACAAAGCAUUUGUUUUAACCUGUAAUGACACCAUAUUGAAUGAUUUUUUUAAAAAACUAUAUCUUCCUUUUUAAAAAAGCUGUUGUUUUGAUUUUUUUUUUUUAACCUCAGAAACCAAUGGCAUCCAUUUAAAAAAAUCUGGCACACUAAUAUGCUGCACCUGCCAAGAUUUCAGAUGGGUACCCAUAAUGUUCAAAGCUUCUUUCCUGGCCUUCUCUAUGGCUUUAAGCUUCACCUUUCAGUGGUUUGGUUCCAAGUCUGGACACAGUGACACUCACUAGGCAAGGCCUUUGAUGUUUGGCGAUGUAGAAAUGCUGUGGAAUCCCCUUAUGUGUGUGUCAAGGGGGAAGGUCAAUUUUACUGCUUGCAGCAACAACCGGUUAGUCAUGUUAAGUUUGUCCUGUGCUGCAACCAUAACCUAUAAACUCCCAAAUGUAUGCCUUGUCAAGCCCAGUAGAGUCUUAGGUUAGUGGGUUAUCUUUCUCAGUUUUGAACCAUGAGGAUCGGAGCAGAUUAUAUCUUCCCCUUAGACUGUGAGAACUCCGGAGGGCAAGAAGGGAGCAGGGUUUUGUCAGUGCUACGGCGUGCGUGUUGGGUGGGAUAGAUGCUUCAUGCAUGGUUGGCUCCAAGACUCACCAAAAUAUGGAGAAGAAUAGCUACAUGUAAUAUUCUUACUUUUUACGACCUUUAUAUGAUUGGCUAAAAGGUAUAUAAUAGCACUCCUUAAAAACACAAAAGCUGGAUGAGUUCUGUGUCUUUAAAAAAAAAGUACCUUUUACAAAGGAAGCAAAAAUAGCAUUUGGGAGAGUUUGAGGAAUUGAGAAAAGCCAAACAAACAAAAAUUACCUAUGAUUUCAUCAUCUUGACACAAAUAUUUUCAUUUUUGCUAUUGGCAUUUGGUCCUUGUCCUGACAUAGACACGAUUUCAGCCAUAGUUGUGAUUUUCUGUCCUUUUUUAAAUUUCUCAUCAUACCACGGGCUCCCAGCUGUGUGGCUGACUGGUCCUCCUAAUUAUCAUUUUUUAAUGGACUCAUGAGUUAUAGAUCAUAAUGAGAGGGGUUUGGGCCCAAGCUCUCUUCAUCCCCUGAACGCCCAUUUUUUGACUAGUGGACUACAGUGACCUUUAGGGUUUAAAGAGUAGUAUCAUUUCAGAGUAGUGUUUAGGAAUCCCUGAAAAGCCUGGGUAUUUCCAUUUCCCCCAAUGCACAGAUACCUUCAUAGAUGACUUCAAGUCCCUUUGGGGAUGGCUUUGAGGAAGAUCUGCCAUAUUUGUGGCAUUGUUGCAGGGUCUUCUCUGAGAAUUGGGGAAGAAGCUAUGAUGCUCAGUUGUGAAAAAGUCAAGUCAGAUUUCUAUUCUAUAGAUCAAGUAAUGCUUUGGUAGGCUGGCUGUCUAUUUCAUUCUUAGGGCCAACCACUAUUAAAGAUUUCCUAAAAGUAAAGAA